AUGUCGGAUUCAUAUUUGAUAUCCGAAAUGUCUCGGAAUAAGCCGAGAAUAUCGAUUUUCAAUAUCAAUAACCACAAAUCCUACACGUCCGUUUUGGUAAAUACUAGGUACUGUAGUCCCGUUCACCCUUCGAAAAUGUCGUUAUUGUCAUCCUUUCGAGCACUCCCUUCGCGCACACGCGCAAUGAUAGGCGCAAGCUUCAUCGCUUGGGGUACAAUCGGUCUCUAUUUGUCUGAUACGGCGGAAAAGAAGCUUGGCUUUGAACCUACCGAGCAGGAUAAAGCGAAGAUGCCUAAGUUUACGGUUGUUGAGAAAGAGAACUGA